UAUAUUGAAUUCUGUAUCUGGACAUGCGUUAUUCGAGGAAAAAUUGUGAUAUAAUCAAGAGCGAAAUUAUUCUUAAUCGCAGUGACAUUUUCCACCAGAUUCAUUUUGAAGGAGAAAUAUGUUAACAAGCAGUUUGUAUAAUGUGAACCAAUUAGGAGAAAACUAAUGAAUAUGUCAUGCUAAAUGCAGAGAUUGUUUCGGAAGGUUUUAUAUAUGUAUAUUGUAAUUUGUUGUUACGCGGAAUGGAUUUAACAUUUUACGCAAUAGUUAAAUGUACCAACAUUCAAGGAAUAUAAGACAUUCUAUGGAAUUAUUUUACGCAGGAGAAUAAAUAUGAACAGUAAAAUGGCAUACCGUGCAAUACGACCCACAUUUAAGGGUGACCAUGUUUGGAUUGACCCCAAACAAAAGACAGAGUUUAGCGUGGCCAUUGGGGCCCAGGUGCAGCACUCGGAGUCCGGGCGGAUACGGGUAGUUGACGACGAUGGGACGGAACAUUGGGUAGAUGGGAUUAAACAACAAAUACGGCAUAUGAAUGCCAGUUCCAUUAACCAUAUAGAAGACAUGAUCUUGCUAGGUGAUCUCAAUGAAGCGGGAAUUCUGCGAAACUUGUUCCUCCGAUACUCUGAAAACAAAAUCUAUACAUACACGGGCUCAAUCUUAGUAGCUGUAAAUCCAUACCAAGUACUGCCGAUUUACACACCGGAAUAUAUAUCAGAGUACCGAGACAAAAAGAUCGGGGAGAUGGAACCUCACAUCUUUGCCAUAGCUGACAAUUCGUACCACAACAUGCAGAGAUACUCACAUGACCAGUGUGUAAUCAUCAGUGGAGAAUCAGGGGCUGGUAAAACAGAGAGUACAAAAUUGAUCCUGCAGUUCCUGGCGGCCAUAAGUGGCCAGCAUUCCUGGAUAGAACAGCAGAUUCUAGAAGCUAACCCUAUCAUGGAAGCAUUUGGUAAUGCUAAAACCAUCAGAAAUGACAACUCCAGUAGAUUCGGCAAGUAUAUAGACAUUCACUUCAAUCAGCGCGGCUCUAUAGAGGGCGCUAAGAUCCUGCAGUAUCUCCUGGAGAAGUCGAGAAUCGUACACCAGGCCCAUGACGAAAGAAACUAUCAUAUAUUCUACUGUAUGUUAGCUGGUAUGACGCAAGAAGAGAAAAAGAAAUUGGAUGUUGGAACUGCUGAACACUACUGGUAUCUUACUCAGGGUGGAGAUACAAAAUGUGAAGGUAGAGACGACGCUAAAGAGUUUGCUGAUAUCAGAUCGGCAAUGAAGGUGCUCAUGUUCUCCGAUAAAGAAGUCUGGGAUUUACUGAAAAUCUUAGCAUCUUUGUUACAUCUUGGAAACCUGAACUACAAUUCCAUUGAGAUGGACAACAUUGAUGAUGCCAGUGAAAUUUCUGAUAUCUCUCAUAUCAACAAAGUGUGCGCGCUACUAGAGGUGCAUGCCCAAGAUCUAAUAGAUGCACUGACCACAAAAACUAUAGUCACACGAGGAGAAAGUGUCACUAGUGCAAUGAGUGUGGUACAAUCCAUGGAUGUCAGGGACGCUUUUGUGAAGGGUAUCUACGGUAGAAUGUUUGUAUGGAUCGUUGAGAAGAUUAAUACAGCCAUCUACAAACCAAAAACCAAUCCUAAACAUUUCCGAAGCUCCAUUGGUGUGCUAGAUAUCUUUGGAUUUGAGAGUUUUGAUAUUAACAGUUUUGAGCAGUUGUGUAUCAACUAUGCCAACGAGAAUCUGCAGCAGUUUUUUGUCCAGCACAUUUUCAAGAUGGAACAGGAAGAGUAUGAUAAUGAAGGUAUCAGCUGGCAACAUAUAGAGUUUGUUGACAACCAGGAUGCCCUUGAUCUCAUUGGUUUAAAACCCAUGAAUAUCAUCUCAUUGGUGGACGAGGAAAGCAAAUUUCCAAAGGGUACCGAUCAGACGUUGUUGAACAAACUUCACCAGACCCACCAGAGCAACAAGAAUUAUCUAAGACCCAAGGCGGACAUCAACAGAGUGUUUGGUCUCAACCAUUUUGCUGGUGUUGUAUUCUAUGACAGCAAAGGAUUUUUGGAGAAGAACAGAGACACGUUUUCUGGUGAUUUGUUACAAGUGAUACAGUCUACUGGGAAUAAGUUCCUGCUUGAUCUCUUCAAACAAGAUAUACACAUGGGUUCAGAUACCAGAAAGAGAGCCCCUACUUUGGGAGCCCAGUUCAAGAAAUCCCUUGAAUCCCUUAUGAAGACCCUCAAUGCUUGUCAGCCAUUCUUCGUCAGGUGUAUCAAACCAAAUGAGUUCAAGAGAGCCCAGGAUUUUGAUAGGGAGCUAUGUUGCAAGCAGCUCAGAUACUCUGGUAUGAUGGAAACAAUCAGAAUUCGUAGAGCUGGAUAUCCUAUCAGACAUUCUUUCUUUGAUUUUGUCGACCGCUAUCGUAUCCUUGCUGCGGGUAUUGGCCCCGCCCACAAGGAGGACUGUAGGGCAGCUUCAUUGAAGAUCUGUCAGAAGGUUUUGGUAGGGCUCGAUUAUCAGAUGGGACACACAAAGGUUUUCCUAAAGGAUGCCCAAGAUGCAUUUUUAGAGCAACAGCGUGACAUAAAGUUGUCAGAGAAGAUCUCCAUCAUACAGAAGACCAUACGUAUGUGGCAUGUCAGACGUAGGUUUGUUAGGAUGCGCGGAUGCUGUACCACUAUUCAGUCUAGAUGGAGGGCGUACAUGGCUAGGAAACAAUUCUUAGCAAUGAGACAAGGGUACAUGCGCCUUCAAGCUCUCGCCAGGUCAAGGAUUUUGACUGCUCAGUUCAAUGCUCAGCGAAGUCUGGUGAUCAACAUACAACGUUUUUGCCGUGGUUACCUGGUACGUAAGUGGGCACAGCAGAGAAUGUACGCUGUCAUCAAGAUACAGGCACAGAUCCGGACGGCGAUACAGAGGGUGAAAUUCAGGAGGCUAAGAAUAGAGUAUCAAAAACGAAUGGAGGCCGAGCGUAUCAGACAAGAGGAGGAGGCAAAAUUGAGAAAGAAGAUGAACGAGAAGAAAGCUAAACAAGAGGCUGAGAGAUUACAUCAGGUAAGACUUGCUGAUAUUGAACGAGAGGCAGAAGAAACAGAGAGAAUACAACGUGAGCAGGCUAAGAUGAAGGUGGAACAGAUUGAGAUCACGGAGAGACGUAGGAACGAACCUGUGACUGACUCCCAAGUGGUUGAUGACAUAUUUGGAUUUAUUGGCGAGGGAACCGAGGGAUAUGGAGGGGAAGGACCGUCGGCUUUUGCUUCGGAUGGAUUUGAGGAGAACUUUCUGUUUGCUGAUCUCGAAGAGAAAAGGAAACGUAUUAUGUCUGAAAUCGGUUAUGACACGGAGGAGAUGCAAAUCCCGAUACCAGUCGAUGAAGAGGAUAUCUCUGAGUACAAAUUCGCGAAAUUUGCAGCCACAUUCUUUCAAGGGAAUGCAACACAUACGUAUAUCAGACGUCCCAUCAGAACAUCGCUGUUACAGUUGAAAUCCGAGAGUGAUCAUUUAGCGGCACUUGCAGUUUGGAUCACAAUCCUGAGGUUCAUGGGAGAUUUACCGGAACCAAAAGUCUAUACCGGAGUUCAGGAAACUAGGGACACUACCCCAGUGAUGACAAAAAUUUACUCUACCCUGGGACGUAAAUUCAACAAGAAAGAUCUAGAAGAAGCACAGCGUAUGAAUAUGGAACUCGAGAAUGAACCAGCAAACAUCAUGCGUGGUGGCGGAAAACGCAGCAUGCGGAAAAAGCUUGUGUCAUUGACACUGAAGAAGAAAUCAAAGAUUACAGAGGAGUUUAAGAACCAGUUGGACGCUGAUUAUUUUUCUCCAUCUGGUCAGAAUGCGCUACUUGAAGAAAGACCGACCACAAACUUGGAAAAAUUGCAUUUCAUAAUAGGCCAUGGCAUUUUGCGGCCAGAUUUAAGGGAUGAGAUAUAUUGCCAGAUCACCAAACAGCUUACCCAGAAUCCUUCACGAUCGUCCCACGCUAGAGGCUGGAUCCUGCUGUCUCUGUGUGUAGGAUGCUUCGCCCCCUCAGAUAAGUUCAUCAAAUACCUGAGGAACUUUAUCAGUGAGGGACCACCAGGUUACGCCCCAUACUGCGAAGAGAGACUGAGACGUACAUUUGCUAACGGCACUCGUAACCAGCCACCGUCAUGGCUCGAACUUCAGGCAACAAAAUCCAAGAGACCGUUAAUGCUGCCAAUCACAUUUAUGGAUGGAAACACGAAGACGUUACUUGCUGACUCAGCAACAACAGCAAGGGAACUUUGUCAACAGCUGUCAGAUAAGAUUGGACUCAAAGAUCAGUUUGGAUUCUCACUAUACAUUGCACUUUUUGACAAGGUGUCGUCCCUGGGUAGUGGGGGUGAUCAUGUUAUGGACGCCAUAUCUCAGUGUGAACAAUACGCCAAAGAGCAAGGAGCUCAGGAAAGGAAUGCACCAUGGAGGCUGUUCUUCAGAAAAGAAAUAUUUGCUCCCUGGCAUGAUCCAAGCGAGGACUCCACAGCCACAAACCUUGUAUACCAACAGGUUGUACGAGGUAUCAAGUUUGGAGAAUACAGAUGUGAUAAGGACGAUGAUUUAGCGAUGAUUGCUGCCCAACAGUACUACAUUGACUAUGGAUCUAACUUGAGCACGGAACGCUUACAGAGUCUUCUCCCCUCGUACAUUCCCGACAGCCUCCUCGCCAAACCUAAUGCCCUGACAUACUGGAUGCAGCAGGUCAAUGCCAAAAUCCGUGGCCCCUACUUUGCCAAUGAUAGAAUUAAGGGACUUAAGGUUAAAGAAGACAUUGUGAGCUAUGCAAAAUAUAAAUGGCCGCUACUGUUCUCAAGAUUCUAUGAGGCGUACAAAUUUGCCGGACCAAGUCUGCCAAAGAAUGAUGUUAUAAUUGCUGUGAACUGGACCGGUGUGUAUGUUGUGGAUGAUCAAGAACAGGUUCUGCUGGAGUUGUCUUUCCCUGAAAUCACAGCUGUCUCCAGCAGCAGAACUGGCAAGAUGCAUGGCCAGAGCUUUACUCUAGCAACGGUGAAAGGGGAUGAGUAUACAUUUACCUCACCAAAUGCUGAAGAUAUCCGUGACCUUGUGGUGACCUUCCUUGAAGGACUGAAGAAAAGAUCCAAAUAUGUGAUAGCUCUACAGGACUACAAUGCUCCAGGUGACACAUUCUUGAACUUCCAGAAAGGAGACUUGAUUGUAUUACUGCAGCAGAAUGGUGAAACUGUGAUGAACUCCGGAUGGUGUGUGGGUGAAUGUGUCCGCACGACGAAAAAGGGAGAUUUCCCCGCUGAAUGUGUGUAUGUGCUGCCAACCAUCACAAAACCACCUCCUGAAAUAUUGCAACUGUUUGUGCAGUCGUCAGAUCCCUCGAUGUUAGUACAGAAUACAGGAGAGGUAGUUAUUGAACCUGGAGAGAAACCUUACACACUCGAAGACUAUGCUAUGGACCAUUUCAGACCUCCACCAAAGAGGACCCUUUCAAAAACACUGUCACAGGCCAGCAGACGACGCAAGCCUGAUGAACUGUGGAGAUACUCGAAGGAGCCUUUGAAACAGCCCUUGUUGAAGAAAUUACAGGGACGUGAAGAAGUCAGUCAAGAGGCAUGCAUGUGCUUCCUCGCUAUCCUGAAGUACAUGGGUGAUCACCCGUCAAGACGAGGACGUGUAGCCAAUGAACUCACUGAUCAAAUCUUUGAGCCACCACUCAGAACUGAGAUCUUGAAGGAUGAAGUCUACUGUCAGAUUGUUAAACAGUUAACAGAGAACAAGAACAGAACAAGUGAAGAAAGAGGUUGGGAGCUAAUGUGGUUAGUGACCGGGUGUUUUGCGCCUUCAACAAACCUGCUGAAAGAAGCGACCUUGUUCCUUAGGUCACGUCGAAACCAAAUUGCACAGGACUGUAUACACAGACUACAGAAAACAUUGAGGAAUGGAACAAGAAAAUACCCACCUCACCAGGUAGAGGUAGAGGCAAUACAACACAAGACGACACAGAUCCUUCAUAAAGUCUACUUUCCCGAUGACUCAGAUGAGGCAUUUGAGGUAGAAUCAAGCACAAGAGCCAAAGACUUCUGUAUGAAUAUUGCCAACAAACUACGUCUAAAAUCAUCCGAAGGGUUUAGUUUAUUUGUCAAAAUUGCUGAUAAAGUGAUAAGUGUUCCAGAAGGUGAUUUCUUCUUUGAUUUUGUACGUCAUUUGAUAGACUGGAUAAGGAAAGCUAGACCAACUAGGGAUGGUGCACCUCCUCAGUUCACAUACCAAGUUUUCUUCAUGAAGAAACUGUGGACGAAUCUUGUACCAGGACGAGAUAUGAACGCUGAUCUGAUCUUCCAUUAUCACCAGGAACUACCCAAACUGUUACGUGGCUACCACAAGUGCAGCCGGGAAGAAUCUGCUAGGCUUGCCGCACUUAUUUAUCGUGUCAAAUUUGGUGAACAGAAAGCCGGUCUACAGAGUCUUUCACGUAUGUUACGAGAGCUUAUCCCUGCUGACCUGAUAAAAUCUCAGUCCCCCGACGAUUGGAAGAGGGCAAUUGUCAGUGUGUACAAUGCUGAUUCUGGUUUGUCACAAGAAGAUGCAAAAAUAGAAUUCCUCAAGGUCAUCUAUAAAUGGCCAACCUUUGGUUCUGCAUUCUUUGAGGUCAAGCAAACUACUGAACCCAACUACCCAGAACAUGUGCUGAUAGCUAUCAACAAGAAUGGUGUUAAUCUCAUUCACCCACAGACAAAGGAUAUCUUGGCGACACAUCCAUUCACCAAAAUAUCAAACUGGAGUAGCGGAAACACGUACUUCCAUAUGACGAUAGGAAACUUACUCAGGGGCAGCAAACUCCUCUGUGAAACUUCAUUGGGCUACAAGAUGGAUGACCUAUUGACCUCAUACAUCAGCCUCAUGUUGACAAACAUGAAUAAACAGCGCACAACAAAGAGAUAACUCUGUUAUGACUCUGGAUAAAAAGGGAGACUACUUUCACAAGACAUUUUGUAAAUCUUAUGGCAGUUUUUGUAGCCUCCUAAUUUUGGAGUCAGAUCAAUAAAAGAGCAUUUGCAGUCAUUAGUUAACAUUUUCCAGGAAGGAAAAAGAUUUAUUUGAAAAAUAAUUUGACAUUUCUGCAAAUUUACUGAUGGUGAAAUGUAAAUGAUUAAAAACGAAACAUAUUUAUAUACACAUGUGUCCAUAUUUACACAUCUAACCACACAAUUAUGUGUUCAAAUUACAGCACAUGAAAAUAUUGUAGACAUGCUUAUGUUUUGUACAUGUAUCAGAAAAAUGCUCACAUUCAUUAUGGAGCAUGCUGUGUCUAUUGUUUAACGACAUAUUUGUUUGAAAUUGGAAAUGUAAAAAAUGAUGUUAUGAUUUCUUCUGCAAUUAUGCCAUUCAGCAACAAAAUUACAAACUUUAAUUAUAACGUUUUUCAAAUAAAUACUAUGGCCUAAUCUGAAAUUAAAAUGUGAUACAUUUAAGUAUAACUGCAGGUCUGGUCCCUGGGAUUCUGUGAAGUCACUUAUUUUUGUGGUGGGGGGCGGGGGCAUGAAAUUCCGUGGUUUUGGCCAAAACGGCUAUUUCCUUUGGGAUAUAAAUUUGAGGAUUUUGACUCCGGAACAUGAAAUAAAUGAAGAUUUGACUCUUUUAUGUGGUCUUAUUUUUUUUGGAUUCAUUCAAGCAUGGAAUCCAUGAAAAGUAGUUCCUUACAAAUGCUGAUGACUAAAAUACUGUUGAAAAAUGAAGUUAAACCCUAAACAAAAAGCAAAACAACAAAAGUUACAGUAUCUUAUAUGGGCAAUUUAUAUGAAACGAUGGCAUAGGGCAAAUUACAUGUAUAGAGAUCAAUGAUAUAACUUAUGUAAAAUAUGAAAAUGUGCUUUUUUUUGUAAUAUCACUACAUGCUAAAAAUCCAUCACAUGUGCUUAUAAAUCCAGUAUCACAUUUAUUAUAAAAAUCCAGCAAAGCCAGUCACAGUUGUGCUAUAUGUCAUCACACAAUUUUAUAUGAAAUUUGAUCACAUUACUUAUGUAGAUAUUUAUGUGGGAGAUGGUCUUAUCGACUGUCACAAUUUAAGACUAUAUGUUGUACAUCAAGGAGAGGUAUUUGUAAAUAAUUUGAAAGAUACCAGUUCAAGUAGAACGCAGUAUGAUACAGUUGAAAUUCUGUAUUUCAAAUGCCAAAGGGUCGAUAGUUUUACAUAGAGGUAACCCAAAUUAAGAAAAUUAAAAUGAAAUGUUGUCAUGCGUUUUUGAGACCGGACUUGAAAAUGUCGUCGAUAUAGCCAGAAUUUUGAGAUAAGCGAUUUCGAGGUAUCGAAUUUCAGCUGUAAUUGUUUGGUUGCCAAGUUACCAUAUAUAAGAUGAACAUUUUCUAAUAUGACAUAAUUUGAGUUACCAUGGUGACAUUUUUUGUGAUGUUGAAUAGAAUAUAUAUUCUCCUGUCUCCCUUAAACAGACAUAAUAUUUCAUGUAUAUAUUACUGUUGUUGUCUCUGACAAUUUUUUUACUUAAAGAUUAUUUAUACCUAGACAUAGAGUACCAGAGAAGAAAAUAAUUUGAAAUGUUUUACUGCAGUAACACUUAAAGAGUUCCCAAAAGUUAUGAAAAAAAAAAGUUUUAUUACACUCAAUGUUUCCAACAGAAACAAAGACUUUUGCACAUUUCAGUACCUCUCAUGAACAGACUCGGUUAAACCGAGUCGGCUAUUAUGUUGCUUGGUUGUGUUCUUUGCUUCCAAAAGAUUUUCACAGAUUCUAUUAAUAGAUAAGUGAUCAUGCUUGGAACCUACUGAAUUUGAAUAUGUGUAUUAGAUUUAACAUCGUACGAAUUGACUGCAUUAAAAUGUUCCACUUUAUUUGGAGAAUAUUUCUAUCUUUCAUAUUUUGUUAAGAUAUAUUAGGUUAAAACAAAAUAUUAACUAUGAAUGUAUAUAUGACAGUUGUAAGAAUGUAUAUAAAGGUACCUUUAUUAAGAAGUAUUUCAAGGUUGUGAGAACGUAUAUAAAUGCUUUAUACUUGACCUUGUCCGUCAGACAGAUGUGCAUCUUUUAUGUGUUACUAUGUACAGCAUUGUGUAAUUGGUUGUUUCUGUCAAUAAUUCAGUUAUAAUAUUCAUCAGGAUUGUUUAUGAAUAUUCAUCAAUAAAUCUAGUUACUCUUUAAUAUUCACGGGCCAGUCAGUCUGUUUUAUUGAUUAAAUUUGUUUGAUGUAAGUGAGGCAGUCUAUAUGUUCCUUAGUGGUGAUUCAGUUAGUCCUGCUUUGAAUAUUCAUGUUUAAAUCUGCCUGAUUAAUAUUCAUAAUGCAAUUGUUUUGGAAAUUUGAGCUCUUGUUUAAUAUUCUGGUUUUAAUUUGCCUAAUUGAUAUUCAUAUAAAUUGUUUUUCUAGUUUUUUGAUACAAAGAAGGGUUGUGAAAAAUGAAAUUUUGCAGAAAUGAACAAUUACACAAGGUUUCUUGUUUAUGAGUUUGUGUUAUUGUGUGUAACAUUGAGGGAUGAGUUUUGCGUUAUCUUGUUUAAGGAUUUUGUAGUUUAAAAGAAUAUUCCAGUUUAAAAUGUGACAACUUAUUUACAUAAAUAUGGCUUCAGGUGUGCAUGGUUUGUUUGAUAUUAAUAUUUUAACUUAAGAAUUAGAUUAGGUGAGAAAAGCUGGUCUUUUUGCAUUGGAUAUUACUACCACAACUAAUUGAAUAUUAAUUAAGAUUUUAUAUUUGAUUAAAUUAUUUAACUUUUAGCCUGCUGGUGGCAAGUGAUUCAGUCAGUAAAUUUUCAGUGAACACCCCUUCGAAUAAUGAAUGGUAUUGCCCAAAUUGAAUGAUGGACCAGUCCAUUUUAGAAAUUUAGCAGGCUAAGGGUUAAUUGUGGUUUGCUUGCAGUACGACUAUACCAAAUAAUAAGGCAUAAUCCAAUGAAUCUAUUAUUUCUACUUAAUUAUUUCUUGGGAUAUUUUUUUUUUAUUUUUGUAAAAUUAAUCUCUUUAAAGAAAGAAAUAGGAUUGCAUACAUUCCUUUGAAUUGACAUUCCCAAAAAGAUAGAGAUGAAUAAACAUUCCAGUUCAAGAACAUAUGAAUAAACAUUCCAUAUAGAAUAACCAUUCCAGAAUAAAAACAGGUGAUUACACACAUUAUAUUUAGGGAUUUGUUUGCAUGUUCAUUCCAGAUAAAAAAUGAUUGCACCUUUCACUGUGGAUAAAUUUGAAUAAAACAUUACAGUUUCUUUGUAUUUUAAGAAUAGAAUACCUAAAUUUAAGGAAAAAAUAUAUGUUUCUUUUUCCUUUGCAGACUAUAGGGAGUAGGGUCUCGUCUGCUAAUUUGAAGUGUGAGCUGGGGAGGUAGGGAGGGGGCUCUUUGACAUUUGUUAGAAGAUCAUUUUCUGUUAUUUAUAUAUGUAUUUACAUUCCAUAUUAUUCCUGUGAUAUAUUUCACGUGUCUUGUCUUUUCCAGUUUAUUCCAUAUUCCAAAUGUGUGUUUGUUACCUAAUAGAUAUGGAUUUAAUUAUUUUCAAAUCCAAACAUUUUGCAGAAAUAAAGCAAAUAAGAAAGUACAAAUCUAGAAGGGUGAAGCUGUGUGUAAAAAUGACUUAUUUGUGUCUAGACUGAAGAUAAAUAAAAACAAACCGCUGGUGUUAAGCCUGUAUAUUUAAACACAAUGAGAGGCAGAUCUAUUUCAUUUAAGGUUAAUUCACAAGAUUUUGUGGGACGUACUUUAUGUAAAUUUGUCUUUGACUAUGUUCUAAUUAAUGUACUUUGGCAGAGAUAUUUUACUUUCUUGUGAAAAAUCUUGUAUACUGAUUACUGCUGGAUCUAAGUUUAAUGCAGAACUAUUGUAACUUCAUGUAGAGUACAUGUAACUACAUUUUAAAGUACAGAGAUGGUAAGAGGUGUUAGUGCACUGAAUGUUUUUUUUAUUAUUUUAUUUUUGCUAUGUUUGCGAAAAAUGACACUAUUAAUGACAUAUAUAUAUUAGCUUGUGUACAUAUAUAUACUGUGGUUCAGAUACAUAUCAAUGUGUUGUUUAUAUACAAAAGCAAUAAAAUAUAAUUUUUGAA